AUGUUAUCCACUCAGCUCUCCACACUCGCCAUGCUCGCAGCUGGCCUGUCCGUCUCUGCCGCUCCUGCUUCUGUGAAGCGUGGCGAUGCAUCUCCCGCACUGGCGGCGCGUGUACCCCAGUUCAACACCACUCUGCCCAACCAGCUUCCCGUUCAAGGCGUACUGCCUUUCGACAUCACUCUCACGCCUGGGGCGCAAAACACCACGGUCGGCCUUCCUGCUGGCUUCCCAUUCAAACGCAGUCUCGAAGCCCGCCAGUUCAACGCCACCUUGCCCAACCAAUUGCCCGUCGAGGGCAUUAUCCCCUUCGACAUCACCCUUACGCCUGGCGCGCAAAAUACCACCGUCGGCUUGCCUUCGGGCUUCCCAUUCAAGUUCAAGCGCGAUGAUGACGAUGCCUCGAACUCUGACGACGAUAUCGACGACGGCGUAUUCAACUUCACCCGCAACGCCCAUCUCCCACUCUGGACCAAAAUUCCUAUCGGCCUCUUCCCCGAGAACGGCAACACCACAGACAACGCAAACGACACCGACACCGAUACCAGCGGCGGAUUCCCAUUCGUAUUUUGGGGCGACGAGGGCGACGAGCAGGACUCGAACGCCGAGAAGAGGCAGUUCAACUUUACGCUGCCUAAUCGGCUUCCGGUCGAGGGCAAGCUUCCGUUCGGGUUGAAUGUUACGGGUGGGGAGCAGAACAGUACUGUUGGAGUUCCUUCGGGCUUUCCUUUCUAG